AUGUUAGGUAAAGCACUUAGAGAUUCAGUUCUUAGAUCUUCUGCCCUCAGAGCAACCUCUGUUUUUCCACAAUUCUCCAUGAGAGCUUUUGCUAGCAAUGCUCCUCUCAAUGAGAAGGAAAAGGGAGACGAGAGAGUCUUCUUCACUAAGAAUGAUGAGAAGGCAUUGAAGGAUUUAAUGAAGAAAAUCCAAAAACAAACUGCCAUUGUGGAGCCAACCAAGGCUGAAGAGGAGAGACAAAAGAAGAAGCUCUCUGACAUUUUUAACGAUCACAAAUUAGAUACUCAGAAACAUCAAGCUCUCUUUGAUGCCCUUCUCGAAUGGAAACGCCACCUUUGA